AAACAAACAAAAGAAUCCAAGACUGCAUUAUGUGAUGUUUUUUGUUUCAUUGAGAAGAUCCCUGAGAUGAUCAGCAGGAAUCACAUGCCACCAUGGAAUUACUGUAUAUUUUACGACAAUAUUGGGUUGUUGGAUAGUGAUGGUUAAUCUCUGGUAGCUGAUGGACAGAUAAAUAUCGGGCAGUUACGUGUGGUUCUUUAUUGCACUUGGAAACAGGACCUUGGAUGAUUAACAGCAGCCCUGCAGUGACCUGUCUGGUCGUUGGUUAAUCCCUGUCCUUUGUCACCAUCACCUAUCUUCUCUGUGCUCAUUGGUGCGUAUGCUGCCAAACAGCUCCGUCAGACACUGCAAUGCAGUGUUCCUCUACAAAGUCUUGGAUCAACCCUGUCUUCACUGCUCUUCAAUAAUAGACAGAUUGAUAAUCUACCAAAAUGGUACUAGAAAGAAGCACAUCUACAGACCUACAGACAAGUUGUAGUACAGAGGAAGGGCUGAAUUCCUUGUUGUGCAAAUAACAGUUUGCAAGACAAGUAUCUCAUCAUUUAAUUACUUUGUUUCAACAUUAUUCCUUGAGGUUUUCUUUGGUUUAUAACAAAGUGUGAAUCAAUAGAGGGCUGUAUAUUACCCAUCUUUCAUGUAAACACUGAGUUACUUGAGAAGUUCUUCUUCCAUAAUGUCACUGACACUUAUUUGGAAUAAAUUGACAUAGUAAUGUAUAUUUUUAUAUACAGGAUUAGGGUUAAUUGGGUUUUGAAAGAUUUGAACAAUUGUUCUGACAAUAACUCAUCCUUUUUUUAUAUAAAUAAGAAAAUGGUACUUUUAACUAUUUACUGAAAGGGGCCUAUGUGGUGCCCACUAAUUAAUUUUCAUAAUUGAUCGUUUUCACUGUUACACAUCGAGAGAAAGAAAUUCAGUACAUAAGGUUCAGAAAUUCCAAUGUUAUAGGAGAUAGGUUAAGAAAGCACUUGUCCGAGUUUUAGGUCUCUUUGUUUUGCCAAACUUAAGAUGUUCAUCGAAAUGUUUCACAUAUAUUUACAGAGCCCAGUAUGGAGCCACCACGUUGGUGGAUAUCUUUGGUACACCAACAUGGCAGUCAGAAAUAAUGUAAAACAUCUUGAACUUACUUUGGUUAUCUAGCCAACUGAUUAUCUAAACCAAACCAACAAAAACUAUUUCUAACACUUAAUUCCCUAAAAAAGCUAAAAAUUACUAGAUAAAUUUAUAUCUUUUGACAGAUGUGAUCAGAGCUGUAUGUUGUGCAACCACCAUAACUCUGAACUUCAAACUGUGCUUGUUUCCAAACGAAGCAUGCUAUCAAGUUGAAAGUUAAAAAAUAGAUACAAAUCCAGAUCCCCUUAUGCCUAAUGAGGAAAAAAGUUUUUGUGGCUCUAUAUUUUUGGGUUCUCAAAUUUGAAGACGUUAUGUGAAAAUCAAUUUUAAAAUAAAAAAGAUAUGCAUACAUCUUCAUUCAUAUAGUUCCCAGAUCUCUCGUCCUAUUGCGUAAUACAGUACACGCAUGCGCGGCAAAGAUCGCACGAGGUUGCGUAGUGAGUUUAGUACGAUCUCUUCGAUCGUUUCCUUCUGUAGAUUUUCAUCGUAACUAUGAACUACGCUGACCAAGGUGGUGGACCUUCAGGGUACGAUCCGAGCACAGGAUAUUCUGUCAACAGAGGAGCAGGAUUGUCACCAUAUCUGAAUAUUGAUCCAACAUAUCUGAAUCAGGGGGGUGCAGAGUUUGUCUUCCCUUCAGACAGUAAAAAGAAAAGAAGUUUGGGCGAGCAAAUGUUCACUGGGGUUGGAACAUCAUACAUGUGUGGGUUGGCUGUUGGUGGAACAUGGGGUCUAUAUGAAGGUCUGCGAAAUCCAGAUGGAAAAACUAUGAAGCUUAGAAUAAACAGUGUGUUAAAUGGUUGCACAAGGAGAGGUCCAUCAUUUGGAAACAGUUUGGGAGUCAUAGCUGUCAUGUACUGCAGUUUAGAAGCAUUAAUAAACAAGGCGCGAGGUGGAGAGGAAGAUGAAUUCAAUUCUAUUGGUGCCGCUACCCUUGCAGGAAUGAUUUUCAAAUCAACAGCUGGUUUGCGACCCAUCGCCAUUGCAGGUGCUGUGGGAGGAAGCUUGGCAGCAGGAUAUCAUUUUGGGCAAAAGCUGCUGACCAGCAGAGGACAUACAAUUUCAACACCUAACUGGGCAUAGCCUUGUUUUCAAUCUAGGUUCUUCUUUUCUGUUGAUGAUGCUUUGACCCUUGUACAAAUAUCAGAAAGUGAGCUGAAAAUGGCCGUUUAGUGUUGCACCAAAGAAAUGCUAAGGAGAGAAGACUUUGGUUUAUUUAUGUUAGCUUUGCUUGCUAUGCAAUUUGAGGGCACUUGUUCCAUGUUAAGGUCAGCGUUCAACAAUAUUACAAACAUGACAUUUACCAGCCAGGGUAUAUCCUGGAAAUGUUCAGAAAAUUAAAAGGCCAUGGAUGUUGCUUAUGAACUGUACAUGCAGCAACGCAACAGAUAUGACCAAGCUGAAGGUUUGAAUGUUGUACAGACAGAGGACUGGACCUGGGUUUUAAUUGUUACAUUGCAGAAAUUAAUAUUACAACAAAUAAAUAUCUUUCCAGUUAAAAAACAAAA